CUCACCUCACUUCACUCAUCAUCCCAUCCCAACCUCUUCCCUGCUCUCUCACCUCCAUCCGCUACCCCAAUGCUGCCAAUUCUUGCCCCCUCCAUGAACGCCACACGAACCCUCCGACGCCGAUCCAUCAUCCGCUGCCUCAAUGCCCCUCCCGGUCCCCGUCCACGGCAGCAAUACCGCCACCUCUCUUCCCACAAGCCCCUCCCCAGGUCUAAAGCAGAAGCAGAAUCCCUCCUCAAAGAUAAGGGCAGCCGCCGCCCUGAACUCGAGAAUGUGUCCCUCCAUCGAGCUGAAGCCAUGCGUCGCGCAUACUACAUUCGUCGACGAAACUGGCUUGCCCUCGGCGCCGCAUUAUCCAUGAUUGCGCCUAUGAUAAUCGUGCGGUUCUGGCCGAUGCCGCAGGAAAAUAAAGACACCCCCGCAGAAGACAGUAACCACAACCUCCCAAAAACAGAACCCGACAGCAAGAUCGGGAACCUCAUUCGGCCAACCCAAUGCGACAGCCCACAGUCCGCCACCGAAACCUUCCAAGGUAAAAAAGUCGUCGUCGGCCCCCGCGACAAAAUCCUCGCCGCCCCUGAAACCUCCGAAGAUCCCAAAGGCACGGACAUAGAUACCAUUGAGCUCAUUCCAACCGGUACCUCUUACGUCCCAUACUUCCCGAAAACAAUCUCCCUCCCCAAUUCCAACUUGACUGCCCCCGAAUCUGCGGCGGCCUCUACAGCAGAAUACACGCUCCUCGGCCUAGGGAUCCGCAAGGUAUCCUUCCUAAAAGUCCAAGUCUACAUCGUCGGCCUCUACAUAAAAACCUCCUCUCUCUCUACUCUCCAAAACCACCUCAUAAACACCAUUAACCCGUCUGCAUCCGCUUUAAUCCCAGACGAAAAAGGAGCCCUAAGGUCCUCCCUCCUUGAUCCUGACAAAUCGAGCCAAAUAUGGGAGACUAUUUUGAGCAAGAAGGGGACCGAGGCCGUGGAAAUGGCAUGGAGGGUUGUCCCUGCCCGAGGCACGGAUUUCAAGCAUUUGCAGGAUGGAUGGAUGAGAGGUGUAGCAUCGCGCACAGAUGAGGUGAAGCGGAAACAGCAGGAUUUGUUGAGGCAACAGGCUGUGCAGGAGAAGCGUAUCGCGCUUCCACAACCAGUAGAACAAAAUGAAUUCGAUGACGAGAGCUUCGGACUCGCGAUGAAGGAUUUCAAAGCCCUUUUUCAGGGGCGAGGGAAGGCGCCUAAGGGAAGCGUUAUUGCUCUCACCAGGGAUAAGGAUGGGGUGUUAGGGGCCUUGUAUCAACCGCUGACGAAGACGAAUAGAGGGGAGAAGCUGGGGGACAUUGUGAAUUUGGGAGAGGUUAGGGAUGAGAGGGUUGGGAGGCUGGUGUGGUUGUUGUAUCUUGGGGGGAAGAACGUGAGUUCGGAGGAUGCAAGGAAGGAUAUUGUGGAUGGGUGUGUGAGGAUUGUUGAGAGGCCUGUUGGUACAGUUGAGGGGAUGGUGCAGUGAGUGGAUGACAUGAAGUGGAAGACGGUGGUUCAGGAUUCAAUCUGUGUUGAUAGAGAGACUAACAACUCAGACGUGUACUAUACCGUGCACGAAUGUGCAACUCCUUGCUAAAUGGCA